GGAGAAAAUGCAACUCAGCUACAUGGCGUGGAAGAUCCUGGCGCGGAACACGAUCAGGAAUUCCACGGGCCCGCUAUACAUCGUUCCCAUCGGGGUGGUCGCGGGCACCGAGCCCCGGCUGGUGCCGCGGGAUGCGGAGAUGAAGCUCGCCAAGGACCCCGGACAGGUGGUCAGGUUGGUGCCGGGCUCGUAUGUGUGUUUCGAUGGCGCGGUAGAUCUGUUUCCGGGGCUCACCUGUUUGGUUAUCACGAAGAUCAAGAAGCGAGGUUGAUCAUGGUGCACUACAUGUACUAAUGUGUGUAUAAUGGCUUUUGGUUGGUGGGGAUGAGGGAGUCCUGGGGGUUGGUUGGAGCGUUGUUUGUCUUGUAUUUCAUUUCAAUUCAGUUCAUUUCUUGUUGCUUGUUGGGAAUUGCAAGUCCAUGUACGGAGUACACUAUCUAUACAUGCGAUCGGCUCUCCCUCGCAUUGAUACUCGUAAAGAUGAUAAGGUGAAGGGGGGUGAGAAUAUGUACAGCACAAGAAAUCCGUCACCCAAAAGUCCAUCCCAGAUCAUAGAAGCAUAGC